CAUUCCUUAUUGUCGCCAUCCGGUGGGAUCGGUAUAAAUACCUCGCGCUUUCGUUUGUUCGUUCCCAGUCAGUUAAUUGUGGCGUUAGCAGGAUAACCCACCUGUUCAGUAACUUUGGUCAAAGGUGCUACUUUCCCACCAAAACUCAAGAUGACUCAUCAGUACCCAUCCCUCUCUACAGAGCAGAAGCAGGAGCUGGCCUCCAUUGCCCAGCGGAUUGUAGCUCCUGGCAAGGGCAUCCUCGCUGCCGAUGAGUCCACUGGUACCAUGGGCAAGCGUCUUGAGAACAUCAAAGUAGAAAACACUGAGGAAAACCGUCGCUACUUCCGUGACCUCCUCUUCUCCGUCGACCCAUCCAUCUCCGAGUGUGUGGGUGGAGUUAUCUUCUUCCAUGAGACACUGUACCAGAAGUCUGACAAGGGCGUCCUGUUCCCCAAGGUCAUCAAAGACAAAGGCAUCGUUGUUGGAAUCAAGGUAGACAAAGGCACAGCAGGUUUGACUGGCACAGAUGGCGAAACAACCACACAAGGACUUGAUGGCUUGUCUGAGCGUUGCGCUCAGUACAAGAAAGAUGGCGUAGAUUUUGCCAAGUGGCGCUGUGUGCUCAAGAUCUCUGAUGGCUGCCCAACAGCUCUCGCCAUCGCUGAGAAUGCUAAUGUCCUCGCCAGAUACGCUAGCAUCUGCCAACAGAAUGGUCUUGUGCCCAUUGUGGAGCCUGAGAUCCUGCCUGACGGAGCCCACGACCUGAAGAGGUGCCAGUACGUCACGGAGAAGGUGCUUGCUGCCACGUACAAGGCUAUGUCUGAUCACCACGUGUACUUGGAGGGCACCCUGCUCAAACCCAACAUGGUCAUGGCCGGACAAGCUUGCCCCAAGAAGUUCACGCCAACGGAAGUUGCCAUGGCAACAGUCACCGCCCUAAGACGCACUGUGCCCUCUGCUGUGCCUGGCAUCUGCUUCUUGUCAGGAGGCCAGAGCGAGGAGGAGGCCUCUGUCCACCUCAGUGCCAUCAACCAGGUGCCCCUGCAUCGCCCCUGGAAACUGACCUUCUCCUACGGCCGCGCCCUCCAGGCCUCGGCCCUCGCUGCCUGGAAAGGUCUGCCUGCAAACAAGCAGGCCGCACAGGAGGCCUUCUGCAGCCGUGCCAAGAUUAACGGACUUGCCUCAAAGGGCGAGUACAAGCCCACAGGCCAGGCUGACCAGUCUUCUAUGCAGUCCCUCUUCACUGCCAGCUAUGUCUACUAAACUCUUGCACCAUACUUCAUUCACUGGAUUGCAGCUAGGUUACGAGCCUGGUGAACAGAUGUCAAAACCAGCCUCUGUCCCCAUUCCCCCCCACAUCCACAAAAAAAGUUAAAAAUAAAUGUUUUCUAUCCA